UCGCUGUCCCGUGCCAACGUGCAGCCUCACGUGACAAGUAGAAGAAGAAGCCGCUACUCUGAUGUCCAUGCACAAAUUCGGGACCUCUAGCUUUCUAGCAUGGGCGAUGUUGCACCGGUUCUGAGCCCUGAUACAGGGGAAGAAGAAAACAUCGAACAGCGUGAAGCUGCUGACACCGCCAUCAAGUACUCGCUCAUUGCAGGCUCUCUCAUGGUCCUCUUCUUGGCGGCACUGUUCUCCUACAUAAUUCUCAGCGCCCUCUGUGAGUUCUCUAGUUCUCUGCGUCCCCUGGGUCGCAAUCGCGGCCAAGCCCUGCGACCGAAAAAGAUGACGACAGCACGCCGCCGGCGUACUACCAUAAUUACCAGCUGCCCCGAGCGACACCUACAUCACAUUCGGCCUCGACGGACGACGCCUCGCCCACCAAAGAGUCCUCGGAACACAGCGAGCGGACGGAGCACCCUACGACAGGCGAAGGCGGCAGCCCAUCCACUCAGAAAGAAGAAAGUGUGUCCAACCGCUAAGGUUUGUCGGGCAGGACGCCGCUCCGCAAGCGACUACCCUGUCCCAUCCGUGCUCGACCAGCCGAUGUAGUGCCCGCGAGCCUGCAUUUGAGCGGCCAGAUUGUCGACCCAGCAAUCGUCAGGCACUCGGCAAGGGUCGACAUUCGUGCGUGAUUUGCAGCUGAAGACAUCAUUCUCUCGGCUCCGACGUUUCUUUAGCGACAGUUGGAUGUGCUCCCCAUGCUGUGACUGGGACAAACAUAUUUAUAAAUCUGUCGCAUACUUGUAUAAAAUACUUUUCUGCUUCAAUUCUGUUAUAAUAAUAAAUAAUAAAUAAUAAAUUUUAUUUCUGCCUCAAA